UUUUUCUUCGCAUAAAUAUUCUUUCAUAAAACUUAUUUAAUUUAUGUUAUUUUGAUAAAAUUAGUAUGAAUAUUUUUGAAAACUGAAUAAAUGUAUAAAUGUGUUAGUUUGGGGAGGAAAAUAGGAAAUUCGCUCUUUGAUCAAGUUAAUCGGAUUCUAACAAGAAAUGUAGUAAAUUUUAAUGAUUUCUCGAUAUUGAGGGAUUUAUGGAGGUUUGGUGGGAUCAAAGUUGGAGCAUCGAGUGAUUUGACACGGUGUGUAUCCUUUAGGAGCAUGACUACGGGUUCUGAGGAGAGCAGAGAGAAACCCGUGUUGAGCAAGACUCUGACAAAGCAGGAACUGAAGAAUUUUCAGGGUAACUACCAGAGAUAUAGAAGGAACUUUGGCCUUCCAGAGUUCCACAACGUUGAUCUUGACAGAAACGGACUUAUAAUUGAGCCUACGGACCGGUUUAUGUUAGUCCUGACCACUUCUAAGAACAACGUUCACGCUCAGCUUGUUAACCGCAGUAAAAACUACAGGACAGUAUUUGGUUCAUUUGCUGGCAACGUUGGCUACCGAAAGAAGAUGCAACAGACAGAUAAAUGUGCGUACAGGAUAGGAGAGAAUAUCGCCAGAAAGUGUAAAAGGCUUGGUAUAUUUGCUGUAGACGUCAAGUUCAGGAGAAUCGCACGAGUAGAAAACGUUUUACAAGCCUUUCAUGCCAUCGGACUACAAGUCAGUCAGCUUAUUCAUGAACCCAGACUACCUAAAACUGGCGUUAACUCAGUCAGACCAAGAAGAAGACGUAGAGUUUAACAUUCACGAUUUACACAAUCUCUAAAGCAAUUCGUGCCAGUAUUUCUGAAGACAGUAGUACUAGUAAAAGUGUAUAAUAAUCU